UUCAACUUCCUGGUUGUAAAUGUUUAUAAAUAAUGUCAGUUGUACCCAGGUUGUAGACUAGGAAACAAUCGUAACAAGGAAGCCAUUAACAUGUUGGAAUUUUCUGGUACGAACUUAACUAACAGGUGAUUCCCAUGCAGGCAUUCCGUAAGUAUCCACAAUAACCAUGGCUAGAGAGAAGAUUAUCAGCAACUUCAAAUUUCUUAUACAAAAUGUGGAACCAGCUCCGAUACUGGAUAUUUUGAUACAACGAGGCCACACAAACGUUGCAAACAUUCGGACUGAGUGCAGGAAUGAUAAAUGUGAAGCAAAUCGCCUGAUGAUUGAAAGUCUGCCAAGGAUGAAGGACGGUAACGGAUAUGAACACUACAUCGAUGCGCUGAAGGAGGAAAACAUGUCCUUUGUUCUGGAGAAACUAGGAUUACCCAAAGAUGCGACGCCUGCGACAUACAACGUACCACAGACUGCCAGCAAUAUUGUUGAGCCAGCACAAAUCAGUGAUCACGUAAGCACAGUCGCUCAGAGAGCAGUGGGGAAUUCGGAAACACCGCAGGUGUGUAUUCCCUCCAGAAACACCACCGGAAAUUCGAUUUCGAUCGACGGAGCUCCAUUGGAUGUGAGUGACGGGGCGGCAAACUCUCAGGCAAAAGAUACAGAUUAUGAUGACACUGCUACGUCAGCCGAUGGUGAGGGGCGCAAAGUCAAUGUAAAACACUACGAAGAGAUCAGGAGGGAGCCGAUAGAGCACGAACAUGAAUAUGACACAAUGAAGGAAAGUGGGAUGAAUGUACGCCUUGUCGAACCGACAACUCUGCAGUGCUCAAAACAAGUUCCGUCAUCAUGUCCGGAUGAGUUAUCGGCCUUGACAAAAGAUGCUGCAUGGCAUGCUCAUAUCAAUGAUACAACGAUUCAUAAAGUGGUUAAAGACCUGUGCGCAUGUCCGGCGGGAACUUACAUCAUGUGGUACAGCAAAAAAAAGAGGGCGAUGUUGGUGUCUGUCGCCGUUCCCGAGAUUUCCAAGAAGCAUGUACACUUCAAGAUGGUACGAACAGAGACGGAGGGCGUGUCCCGACCCCACUACCACUUCGACAGUCGGUUACACAACAAAGACCCCCUAGUUGUUCUCCAGUACGUAAAGGAGAACGGACUAGUAAUAAAACCCGCCAAACUAAGACAUUACCAAUCACAGUUCUGAUACCUUUCGCAGACCACGAGUUACCUCCCAUUCAUCGACUGUUCAGUUUGCAAAGCUUGUAGACGUCAUUAUUGUUUUGAGCAUUAUAUUUACGUUGUAAUAUUUUUUACACAACUCAACAGGCAUAUUUCGUGAUACACCCGUCAGCCACAUGGUACAAUGUAUGUAUAUCGUUUGUGGGUUCUCUUGCCACCCAAGUGCUUGAGCACUGACAACAUGUACAGGUAGAUUGUCCCACUCAUCUACUACUCUAAAUGUGAAUGAGUUUCUCCUUAACUCCGUGUUGCAUUGUUUUUGUACAUUAUGUGAUUGUUACCUCGUAUUUUGGAAAUGACUUUUAUCCAAUAGAUUGUUAACUACUUCGUAAACUGUUAUUGUCAAUUAUUUCAAAAACUGUUAUUAAGUCCCCUCUUACCUGCGUUACUUUUAUGUUUGGAGUUGUAGUACUUUCAGACGCUCUCCGAUCCGUAGGAAUGUUCUUUCAAUCCUGGUACAUGUUCAGUGCCUCUCCGCUGAACAUUCGGAAUUAGUUAUAUAUUUCUUUUCAUUUGCACGGGUUCCAUGCGGUUGCCACGAGUUCCAAAUACAGUCACUCAUACGAAUGCCUUGUACCAGUGUAAAACAUGGAUUAAUCUAUUGA